AUGGGAUUACCCAGCAACUACACGGCUGCUCCAGCCUCCGAAUUCCUCCUCAUGUGCUUCCCUAACUACCAGAGCUGGCAGCACUGGCUGUCCCUGCCCCUCACUCUCCUCUUUCUUCUGGCCAUAGGGGCCAAUGCCACCCUUCUGGUCACCAUCUGGCUGGAGGCCUCUCUGCACGAGCCCAUGUACUACCUGCUCAGCCUCCUCUCCCUGCUGGACAUGGUACUCUGCCUCACUGUCAUCCCCAAGGUCCUGGCCAUCUUCUGGUUUGACAAUAAAGCCAUCAGUUUCUCAGGCUGCUUCUUCCAGAUGUUCAUCAUGAAUAGCUUCCUAACCAUGGAGUCCUGCACAUUCAUGGUCAUGGCCUAUGACCGCUAUGUGGCCAUCUGCCACCCACUAAGGUACCCGUCCAUUAUCACUGACCAAUUUGUAGCUAGGGCUGCCAUCUUUGUGGUGGCCCGGAAUGGCCUUCUUACUAUGCCUAUCCCCAUACUUUCCUCCAGACUGAGAUACUGUGCAGAGAACAUCAUCAAGAACUGCAUCUGCACUAACUUGUCUGUGUCCAAACUCUCCUGUGAUGACAUCACCUUCAAUCGGCUCUACCAGUUUGUGGCAGGCUGGACCCUACUGGGCUCUGACCUCAUCCUUAUCAUUCUCUCCUACUCUUUUAUCCUGAAAGCUGUGCUAAGGAUUAAAGCUGAGGGAGCUGCUGCCAAGGCCCUGAGCACCUGUGGUUCCCACUUCAUCCUCAUCCUCUUCUUCAGCACAGUCCUGCUGGUCCUGGUCAUCACUAACCUGGCCAGGAAGAAGAUUCUCCCAGAUAUCCCCAUCCUGCUCAAUAUCCUGCACCACCUCAUCCCUCCAGCUCUGAACCCCAUUGUUUAUGGUGUGAGAACCAAGGAGAUCAAGCAGGGAAUCCAGAAACUGCUCAGGAGGUUAUAAAGGGUAAAAUGCGAGAGGCCUAACCUUGGGAACAGAAAUUUCUAACAGGCAAUGAUUUUCCUGAAGCACAACUGCGGGAAUAAGUUUGGAUUUUGCUUUCUCCAGUGUUAGAGUUGGUUAUGAAGAUAUCCGUAACUUGGUUCCUACUUUCUGUUUCACUUACUGGAAACUUAGUCUUUUGCAUUCUGGAGUUACCUGGAUGUUUCCCCUGGCCUUAUCUAUGUAACAGGGACUUAUCAAGCCAUAGUUACAAGAGCUUAACUAGAGUGAUAUUAUUUUUCAAAUAAAGAAAACCUGUUUCUAUGAGUUUGCUUCUGUUAUAUUUGUUUGUUGGUCUUGCUUUAUAGAUUUCACAUGUAAGUGAAAUCAUGUAGUAUUUGUCCCUUCUCUCUCUGACUUCUUUUACUUAGCAUGUCCUCUAGGUCUAAUUUGUUGCAAAUGGCAAAAUUUUGUUCUUUUAAAAAAUGCC